GGGCCCAUUUUGCUCGAGCGCGAGACCGUUGGCCUGAGGAUUUUGUCCCCCACGCUGACCCUUGUCACUUACCUCCCCCUCCUCCCCCUCGUUCUCGGACGCAUCAAUCUGAAGAAACUGAGCAUUUCCAUUCGAUGCUGAAAAGUCGAGCCAGUGAGAAUCUCUUCCAUCGUGAUUGAUUGGAUCGGGGUUUACAGGACUGCGUUUUGAGUUCUCUGUAGGCGUGCUGUUGGGAUUCUACAGAUUCUACAUUCUGUCCACAGUUCUCGUAAUUGUGUUGGAGACAGUGCUUGUACACUGCGGAGGUGGUUGUUCAGCAGCAAGGAGGGAGGGAGUGAGACUUUGCGGGAAAUGCCGGAGCUUGCCUUGCUUUUCUCUGCAGAUCGAUCUAAGAUUGUCCGGAAUUUGGUCUAGAUCACUCAUGCAUCCACCUCUCACUCUGCACAAGCAUCCAGACUGCCAAGAGAUCAUCACCCAGUUCAAACAAUGUCAUGACGACCAUCCAUACACCAAGUUCUUCGGUGUAUGCACUGAUUUGAAAAUCCAGCUCGACAAGUGCUUCAAGGCAGAGAAAGAAGUGAAGCGGAAGGCAAAUUUCGAGGCAAGCAAACAGUUUAAAGAGAAAUUACGCGCCAGUAAAGAAUAGAGCGCCAAUUGAAACUCAGGGGCCGAUGUUUAGGUGCAAGCCGACUUGAACGCUGUGGCUCGAUCGGAUCCUCUCCGUGAUGGGCUCAUAGCAAGGUGAUCGGCGUAUUUAGGUGCGCGUGGCGAGAGAAGUGGUCUUUUGGUGUUGGAGAUAUUCACAAUGGGCUCUACCGUGAAACUUGAGGCGAUGGAGUCUCCCCGUGUGUCCAGGGAGAAGGGCCCUUCUCGGAGACCGCGAAUUCUGCUUGCAGCCAGUGGUAGUGUUGCUUCAAUCAAGUUUGGGAUUCUGGCCGAGAGUCUCUGCGACUGGGCAGAUGUGAAGGCAGUUGCCACAAAAUCUGCCCUCCAUUUCGUUGACAGGAGCGCCUUGCCUACUUCUGUGCCCUUGUACACAGACGAAGAGGAAUGGUCAAGUUGGAAACAAAUCGGCGAUGAGGUCUUGCAUAUAGAGUUGCGCAGAUGGGCUGAUGCCUUGGUCAUUGCUCCGAUCUCAGCUAACACCCUUGCUAAGGUCGCAGGUGGAUUGUGCGACAAUCUCCUGACGUGCGUUGUUAGGGCUUGGGAUUUUUCGAAGCCCAUAUUCAUAGCCCCUGCUAUGAACACAUUUAUGUGGGACAGCCCUUUUACGCGACGGCACUUAUUGUCGGCUCAGGAGCUUGGUGUCAUUCUAAUAUCGCCCAUCUCGAAGAAGCUGGCUUGUGGUGACUUGGGCAAUGGUGCUAUGGAAGAACCCUCGGUGAUCGAUUCGACUCUGCGACUUGCCCUUCUGAAAACCGUGAGCUACAACGCUGUAAGCCACUCUCCCAAAUUCGAACAGAAAUAUGCUUCUGAUAAUAUGUAGUUUUUCGACACUCAUUUCUCAUGGGUUGGCGAUUCUUUUAUUUUCCUUUCACAUGAACACUGGUGGAGCCUUCUGUAGACGAAAUGAGAUUCUCUACCCUUAUUGCCAUCAUGGAAGAUGCGCUCCUCUCUAGCUAGUGUAAAAAUUGAUGGAUGGACAUGAAUGACAUAAUUAGCUACAGUAGCAGGUCAGUGUCACCUUCUCACUUCACAUUGAAGUUGGAGUCGAGCCAUCACGGAAUGUCUGUUGCUUGCUCCAGUGAAGAGGACGACAAUUGUCGAGAUUGCCAUACAUACAGCGGACUUGAAAACUAAUAAAAUUCAAAACAAAUGUGAACUUUUCACUCU